CACAACUUCCUCUACAGCCUCAUUCCUUUGCCCUCAAAAGAUAUCCCUUAACUAUACCUACCAGGCUACUUGUGCUACGAGCUCCAAUUUCUCGUACACGAUAUUUAAUCUCCAAGCUAUCCUACCAACGACGCUCCCUCGCUUCGUGGCCGCCUGUCGCCCUUGCUACGUCUUUGGGCGCCCCGCUGUUCACCUUCCUCGUGGAUGAACAUAUACCGGGGCGCACAACGUCUGGUGCAUCAGCAUCGCUGCCUAUCGAAUACAUUCGUAUUCUGUCAGCUCCCCACGAAGCUCUCGGCUAUCUUGCUACGUGCACGGCGAGGUGCGGCCUACCAUUCAUCAGCCACACCAGCACGCAUUACUACUCGUACUACUGCCUGCUUGCCACUUGGACACAUACAUAAAGCAAGCUCUGACUCCACCCCAGCUUCUUCCCCACGUAACAGAAUAGUAUCCAGUUCGGGCCUCCGAUCAUUACAUUCGGUAGCUAAAAUGAGCGAACCACUCGGACGAGAGGCGAGGCAGCGGAUCGAGGACCUCGAACGUCCCGCCCUGGAUGACAGAGCCUACAGGAUAAUCACACUGCCGAACCAGCUAGAGGUGCUUCUCAUACAUGAUGCGAAGACGGACAAGGCCAGCGCGGCCAUGGAUGUGAACGUGGGCAGCUUCAGCGAUGCAGAGGACAUGCCUGGUAUUGCCCAUGCAGUCGAGCAUCUUCUCUUCAUGGGAACCGAAAAGUACCCCAAGGAGAAUGCCUACAACCAAUACCUUACCGCACACUCGGGUCACUCGAAUGCAUACACUGCUUCUACCUCCACCAACUACUACUUCGAACUCGCAUACUCCUCAACACCGGCCAACAGUAACACACAAACACCCCCACAAGUAGAUUCAGAAUCGCUCAAGACCGAUUCCCCUCUUUGGGGAGCUCUCGAUCGAUUCGGUCAGUUCUUCAUCUGCCCACUUUUCCUAGAGGAUACCCUGGAUCGCGAGAUCAAGGCUGUAGACUCUGAGAACAAGAAGAACCUACAAUCAGACACUUGGAGACUACACCAGUUGAACAAGGCCCUUUCGAACCCAAAACACCCUUACUGCCAUUUCUCCACCGGAAGUUGGGUAACACUACAUGACGAUCCGAUCGCACGAGGCGUUAAGAUCAGAGAUGAGUUCAUGGCAUUCCAUGCAAAGCAUUACUCUGCAAAUAGAAUGAAGCUUGUUGUUCUUGGACGGGAAGAUCUGGAUACUCUGGAAAGAUGGGUAGAUGAGAUCUAUUCGCCGAUUAAGAACAAAGACUUGGCGCGCCAAAGGUGGGAUGAUGUCUCAGUCUAUACAGAGAAUGAGCUCCUCACCCAGACGUUCGCUCGUCCUGUCUUUGAGUCGCGUUCUCUGGAGCUUUCCUUCUUGUACCGCGAUGAAGAAGACUUUUACGAAACACAUCCCUCGCGCUACCUAAGCCAUCUUAUUGGACACGAAGGUCCCGGUAGCAUUCUUGCCUAUAUCAAGGCAAAGGGAUGGGCAAAUGGGUUGGGUGCUGGCGGAUCGUCUCUAUGCCCUGGCUCUGGAAUAUUCAACAUUAAUGUCAAACUCACCGAGGACGGCUUGAAGCACUACAAGGAAGUGACGAAAAUAAUUUUCCAAUAUAUAGCCAUGAUUCGGGAGAAGCCACCUCAGGAGUGGGUCGUGGAGGAGCAGAUUCGCAUGAGUGAGGUAGACUUCCGUUUCAAACAAAAGAGCCCACCAAGCCGGACGACGAGCGCCCUUGCAAGUGUAAUGCAGAAGCCAUACGAACGCAAGCAAUUACUCAGUGGACCUGCGACUAUCAAGAGAUUUGAUUCAAAGCUCAUUAGCGAAGCCCUAGAGUACCUCUCUCCAGAUAACUUCAAGAUCACCAUUGUUAGCCAGGAGUUCCCCGGAAGCUGGAACUCGAAGGAGAAAUGGUACGGAACCGAGUAUACAAAUGAGAAGAUCCCGGAAGACUUCCUUGCCGAGGUUCGUGAAGCAUUCGACAGCAAGAAAGCACCGGCAGACCUACACUUCCCACACAAGAACGAGUUCAUCCCUAAUAGGCUUGAGGUCGAAAAGAAAGAAGUCGAAGAGCCCACAAAGGCUCCGAAACUGAUUAGAAAUGACGAUAACGUUCGCGUUUGGUGGAAGAAGGACGACCAAUUCUGGGUACCAAAAGCGAAUGUGCACAUCUACUUCAGGACGCCCAUGCCACACUUGACGGCACGGACCGCUGUCAUGAGCAGCCUCUACCGCGAAUUAGUUACGGAUGCUUUGGUUGAAUAUUCGUACGAUGCCGAUAUCUCAGGCCUCGUCUAUGAGUUCAACAACCACAACUCUGGCCUCUCGGUGUCCAUUGAGGGUUACAAUGACAAGCUGCAUGUUCUACUUGAGAAGGUCCUUGUCUCCGUACGAGAUCUUGAAGUUCGUGAGGAUCGGUUCAACAUCAUUGUUGACCGCACCAAGCGUAGCUUCCGCAACUGGGACUUUGGACAACCUUUCCAUCAGGUCGGCACGUACUCGCGGUGGUUGAAGAUCGAGAAGGGCUUCAUGACUGAUGAGCUUCUGAAGGAGCUCGAUGGCGUCACGGCUCAGGAUAUCCAGAAAUUCUACCCACAGGUCUUGUCGCAGUUCCACGUCGAGCUGCUCGCCCAUGGAAAUCUCUACAAGGAGGAGGCACUGAAGAUAUCCGAUCUAGUAGAGAAGAUCCUACAGCCGAGGAAGCUUGCAUCGAGCCAGUGGCCCAUCCGACGAGCCCUGAUCCUCCCACCCGGAAGCAACUUCAUCUACGAGAGAGAGCUCAAGGACCCCGCGAACGUCAACCACUGUAUCGAAUACAGUCUCUACCUCGGCCAUAGGCAAGAUCGAGAACUUCGCGCCAAACUCCUCCUCAUUUCUCAAAUGACAGACGAGCCCGCAUUCAACCAGCUCAGGACCAUUGAGCAGCUCGGUUACGUCGUAUUUUCUGGCUCUGCCAUCCUUGACACGUGGGCGGGCUACAGGAUCCUCAUACAGAGUGAGAAGGACUGCAGGUACCUCGAAGGGCGGAUCGAGCAUUUCCUCACGUCGUUUGAGAAGACGCUCGAGGAGAUGCCCGAGGAGGAAUUCGAAUCUCACAAGAAGGCCGUCAUCAACAAGCGCUUGGAGAAGCUCAAGAACCUUACGCAGGAGGGUAACAGAUUCUGGAAUCAUAUCUAUAGUGACGCAUAUGAUUUCUUACAAGCGGACGAGGACGUAGAGCAAGUCGGCCUCCUCACAAAGGAGGACCUGAAGACCUUCUACGCCCAGCACAUCUCGCCCUCAUCCUCCCGCCGCGCUAAACUCUCCGUCCACCUCAUCGCGCAAGCCAAACCCAAGGAGCCCACGGCCGAAGAAAAGAAAACCCAAGCCAUCGCCGCCCUCACCACCAUCCUCACCGAAGAGAAACUCACCGCCGAUCCCGAGAAGCUCAAAGCCCGCCUCACCGAUGCGGCCGAUAUCUCGGAGGCGGUGGCUGCGCACCUCGGCGAGGACCUCAAGCUCGAGAAGGAGAAGGCGGAGAAGAUUCUCGACGAGGCGAAGGCGGCACUCGGGCUCGCCGAGGUCGAGUCGAAGCUUGGUGAGCCGGUCAAGCUGCAAACGACUGGCGAUGUCGCCGAGCAGGUCGCGAAAGCGAACGCGCCUGUCAUCAUCACCGACGUGCACGCUUUCAAGGCCAGUCUGCAGCUCAGCACUGGCGUCAAGCCUGUCAGGGAUUUGGCAGAGUACGUGGAUGAUGGUGCAAAGCUAUAAGGGUGUCCCCUAAGCACCAAAGCAUAUCCCCGUCAUUUCAUACGUAGUGUUGAUUCGAUAAACAAUCGGCUUCCAGCUUAGUUCUAUGUCUCGAGCCAGUCACUUUACCUCUUUGAGUUUUUGAAUGCUAGAGGGGAGUGGAGUACAGUGCACACUAUGCGGGCGAUAAAAAAACCUCUGCCAGGAAAGAACAUCAUGUCUAGAUGUCGUCACAUAGAUAUACGUAGAGUGCGGGUGGGUGGGAAAAGCUCGUGUCAAUAAUGAAUACUAUGUUUUAUG